GUGAGUGAGUGUGUGAGUGUGCGUGAGUGUGUGAGUGUGCGUGAGUGAGUGCGUGUGAGUGUGCGUGAGUGAGCGUGCGUUAGUGCGUGAGUGCGCGCGAGGCCUCGGCGGUGUCUCUCCGGCGAUGUCGUCGCUGUUGUCCGACCGCGGACGCCGCUGCAGCGCCCGCGGCCACACUCGUUCCGUGCUGGCUGCGCUCGACGCACAGCGCCACGCCGCCUCCACCGCCUCCGCCUCCACCGCCACCGCCGCCUCCGCCGCCGCCUUCUCGGCGUCUCUGUGCGACGUGCGACUCCGCGCCGGCGCCCGCAGUUUCCCGGCUCACCGCGCCGUCCUCGCCGCCUGCAGCGACUACUUCAGGGCGAUGUUCAGCAUCUCGAUGCUGGAGAGCGGAGCCGAGGAGAUCUCUCUCAAGGGGAUCAGCGCCCUGGGUCUUCAGCACGUGCUCGACUUUGCCUACACGGGGCAGAUCGUCCUGGACCCCAAGAACAUCCAGGAUGUUCUUUCCGCUGCUAACCACCUGCAGUUCCUGGAGAUCCUGCAACUCUGCUCAAACUACCUUGCCCAGGAGGUGACGCUGGAGAACCUGGAGUUCAUGCACUGGCUCGCCGACACGUACAGCCUGCCGGGCCUGCAGACGGCGCUCGCUCGCUUCGUGGAGCGCAAUCUGCGCUCGCUGCUGCGCUCACGCCCCCUCCAUGUGAUGGCGCUGCCGCUGUCGCUGCUCGGCGCCGUGCUGCGCAGCGACUCGCUCACGAACUUCUCGGAGCUGGACCUCUUCUUGCUCACAUUGCGCUGGCUGUCUCACGACCCCACGUCGCGCCUGCCCCGCGCCAGCGAGGCGCUGUCGUGCGUCCGCCUCGCCCUGCUCGACCCGGUGGUGCUCCGGGCGAUGGUGCUGCCCCGAGCCAUCGCCAUGGACGACGCCAACGGCAACGGCCCCGCCGACGCCGGCGAAACCGGCGCCGGCGGCACCGGCGCGGCGACCAACAACAACGCCGCCGUCGCCGCCAGAAACGGCGCCCGCAACACCGAAGGAGCAACGGGCGAGAACCGGGGCGGCGGUGCGACGCGCUUCCCUGUCUCGUCGUCACCCUCCUCCUCAUCGUCGUGCCGUCUGCUGGUGGAGGAGGCGCUGGCGUACCACGCCCACGAGCACGCCCAGCCCGUGCGGCAGACGGCGCAGUCGCGGCUACGUCACCGCGGGAUGGUGCUGCACGUGGUCGGAGGCAAGAAGCGCGACGCCAGCAAAGCGUCCGAGAUCCGCUACCUCAUCCGGACGAGGACGCGACCGGUGGGCGACGGCUUCGGCCGCCAGGGCAGCAGCGAUGCUGACGGCGGCGGCGACGACGAAGACGACGACGACGAUGAGCGUGCUGACGACGACGACGAGGAAGAGGGCGGCGGCGGCGGCUCCAGAGGUGUGGACGUCGGUCUGGGGCGGGUGAGGGAGACAAGAGGAGGUGGCGGCCGUGGUGGUGGUGCUACUGGAUUUGGAGGUGCAGCUGUACCCGGAGGGGCGUGGGAGUGGCGGGACCGCGGUUGCCUCAUAAGCGGCCGCAGCCACCACAGCGUCGCGGUGCUGGGCGGCUUCCUCUUCGUAGCGGGGGGGGAGGUGGACCACCGCGCCGUGCGAGACGUCUACCGCUACGACCCGCGCAGCAACACCUGGAUAAUGGUGUCCUCCAUGCGGAACUGCCGCGAGCACUUUGUCCUAGGGGCGCUGGGCGGCCAGCUGAUGUCCGCCGGCGGGCGUAACGAGCUGCGCCAGGUGCUGCCCACGGUGGAGCGCUACUCCCCCGAGGCCGACACGUGGAGCUUCGUGCGCCCCUUCGACCGCUCGCUCUCCUGCCACGCCGGGUGCGUGGCGGACGGGCGCCUCUGGGUGUCGGGUGGCGUCACGAACACUGCCCAGUACCAGAACUCGCUGCUGGUUUACGACCCCGCGCUGGAUGUGUGGGCCGCGUGCAGCGCGAUGCCCCAGAGGCGCGUCUAUCACUCGAUGGCGGCGGUGUGCCGCCGGCUCUACGUCCUCGGAGGCAACGACCUGGACCACAACAACGACCGCGUCAUGGUGCGGCACAUCGACCGCUACUGCCUGGACACCGACCAGUGGACGCGCUGCACCGCCGCUCUCAGCACAGGUCAGAAUGAAGCCGGAGUCGCAGUGCAUGCUGGGAAAAUCUACCUGGUCGGCGGCUACUCCAUUCUCAUCAAUGAGCCCCUCGCAUCGGUCCAGAUCCUGGACGUGUUUGCUGGACGGGCGGAGCAGGGGGAGCUGGGCGGCGAGCGCCUUCUCACUGGGCCCGCUCUGCCCUUCGCCUCCAAUGGCGUCUCCGCCUGUUUCCUGCCCCGACCCAUCGCUUGCAAACCCCACAGCCUGUGGUAGUAGAGACACGGGGGAGACUUGGAGGAGACACGAGGGAGACACGGGGGAACAUGGGAGACACAGCGGAGACA